AUGGGCCGUGCCUUUUUUGUGAUCGCAGCGGUCUUGGCGCUGUGCCUGACAGCGCCUGCCGUCGAGGCGAGCGCCGGCCGCGCGCUGCGCCAGCUGGGUGGGGUGCUUGGCACCGUCAACACCGCCACUGGUGGCGCAACAAACGCCCUCAUCACGACUGCCACGAAUGCCGCGACUGGCACAACUGCCACGGCCGGCUCUCUGGUGAACACGGCCCAGGGAACAGUCACCAGUGUGCAGGACGCAGGCACCGCUCUCACAAACACUGCAACAGGCGCCGUCGCCGGCGCCAACACGGCCGCCGGCAUACUCACCAACACCGCCACAAACACCGUUGGUGGUGCGACCGGCAUUGUUGGAACCGUCGCCACCACCACCCAAAACGCCGCCAGCGGCGCAGCGGGCGCGGCUGGUCUUGCAGCCAACCAGGCCACGAUGGUGAUCAAUGGCGUGACUUGCACCCUGUGA